UUCUGCUUUAAAUAGGAGCAUCUCGCUUCUCCCUCCACAUCUUUCUCCCAUCCAUCCUUCUGUGAGAACUGCGUGCCUGACAUCCACCUGCCAGCCAUGGACCCCGACUGUGACUGCGUGAGCGGUGACUCUUGCACCUGUGCAGGCUCCUGCAAAUGUAAAGCCUGCCGAUGCACCUCCUGCAAGAAAAGCUGCUGCUCCUGCUGCCCAGCAGGAUGUGCCAAGUGUGCCAAAGGUUGUAUCUGCAAAGCCCCCCAGAGCAAGAGUUGUAGCUGCUGCCACUGAUGCUCCUGGCUCCCUGUAACUGUAAAUAGAAGAAUUUGGACACACCUGACUUUUCAUAUGCUUUGGACAUAUUUUUCUAUUUUUUUCUAUAAAAUGUGUGAAUCAACAAGCGUUUAUUAAGCAUGUCAUAUGACAAUAAACUCAUUGAACCCUC